AUGUCGAGCAAGAGGACUUCAGGGCCAAGUGACGGGACAAGGCUGCGUGUGCUGACGUUCAACGUCCUGGCACCGCCGUACAAGACCAACUCGCGGUUCUGCGAGGCAUCGGACCGGAGCCGGGUGGUCCGGCGAGCUGGCGAGAUGGCCGACGCUGUGCUGGCGGGCGAUGCUCACCUUGUGCUGCUGCAGGAGGUAUGGCUCGCUGACGAUGGAUACAUGGCCGAGCUGCAUAAGGCGCUUGAUGACAGCUUCCAUGCCGAGUGGAUCGAGCUGUGUCGGCCCGAGCGGGAAGAGGGGCUGGUGGUGAUGUGGGCCAAGACGGCGCCGCUGGCAUCGGUCGAGCUCGUGGCAGAGGUCGACUACGGCGAGGACUGUCGUGUCGGACUGGUAGUCGAAGCCGUGCUGGAAGAAAGUGGUGGACGUCUCCUUGUUGGCACCACUCAUCUUUCACAUCCCAAGACGACGCGGGUAAUGGCGAUGAUGACAAGGCAGAUCAAGAUGCUGACCACAGCGCUGGACGACGCCGCCGAGGCCGCCGAGUCGGACGGCCGCGGCCCGGUGGUGGCCACGCUUGUUGCCGGCGAUCUCAACGCGGUCGAUUCGGACGUCACUGCGUGGCUGGCCGGAUGUGGGUACACCGACGGCUGGAGUGCGAUUCACGGAAACCGCGAGGGUGUGGUGACCCACAAGACCCACACCCGAAUGUUUGUGGCCUGCGACUAUGUGAUGGCCCGUGCCGGGGCAGGCGGCCGCAUCACUGCCGCCGAUGCGCUUCUCCUCCCCACCCACCUCAAGCCGGGACGGUGGCCCAAGUACGCCGACUGGCGCGUCUCGGAUCACCGACCGGUGGUUGUCGAAUGGGCUGUCGAGACCGCCUGA